AAACUCUGCUAAGUGGGAGCCACCACAUGGGAGAUUCAAGCACUUCUUCUACCCUUGGGCAGAGUAUGUGAAGGUUGGCAAUGUUCUUCGGCACUGUGCCUAUGAGGUGAUGGCUUUACAUGGCUGCCUGCACUCAGAGAUUCAGGCGCCAUACAACCUAAGAUGCGCCUUCCACUCUGAGAUCUUAGAUGCCACAAACCAAGCUGCAGAGCUGUUGCGCAGUUUGGCGAAGGAUGUAAACAACAUGAAGUGGAGCCUCCAAAGUAGCCUACUGAAUCAUGUGCAUGUCUCAACUGAGCGUCUGCAACAGUCAAUCGACCUGCACUCCUACCUCUUCACCUCAAGUCAUGAAGACAACUCUGCCAAAUCACAGUUAAAAAUCUCCAGGGCUGUCACUUUCAACCUCAACACCAAACAAUCUGAUGACCAAGAUAGAAAGAUUGAAGAAAAUACAUCAACACAGGUAGCUGUGCCGGUGCAACCUGAAUCCUACCACGAGAUGAUGAAAAGGCAGCAGAGAAGGCUGCAUUCAUGGCCUUCUCGGGAGGUGGAUGAUUUUGAUGAUGAUGACAAAGUCGUUUCUGAUAUGAUUCCGAGGAUGCGUGCACUUGAAAGUACUGCAGCUCUGUCGCUUGCGACUUUCACAUCGCUACUGAUUGAAUUUGUUGCUAGGCUUGAUCAUUUGGUUGAAGCUGUUGAGAAGCUCUCACAGUUGGCCAGGUUCAAGCAGCAGAUUGGAACCUAACCAUUCAAUGACUGACAAAUUAUUGAUUAGCAGUCCGACAGGUUAUAGAACUAAGUGUCUACGUAUCUACGCAGAAAAUCCAUUGAUCUAAAAGUGUUUUUUACUCUUUCGGAUACUAGAAAGGGAA